UGGCUGACGGCGACGGAUAGAGGAAACGCGAACUGCCCGCAAGCAGCUAACAGACGUAGCUCGUUUCUCUGCUUGUGUCGGUUGAAACCUCGUAAAAAAAGGCGAGUUCAUUCAUCCAAAUGUGCGUCAAUACUUCCGACAGACUUCAGUUGAACCACCGAAGAUGGUAAUUGACCUCGAGUCAUCGAUGCGGCUCGUCAAACUUAACCACGGGGGAGAAGAGUGCCUUUGCUGGUACGCUAGCUAGCUAGCUAGCUAGCCCCGCGUUAGCUCUGAGGAUGGACAGCUGAUCGUUAACCGAACAGAUGAACUUACACAUGUACAGUGACUGAGUCUUGACAGAACCGUCUCUCGAGGACGCGACGAGGAAGAACAAAAAGAGAGUUCCGUGCGUGUGUGUGUGUGUGUGUGUGUGUGUGUGUGUGUGUGUGUGUGUGCGUGCCUUCAACCACCUCCGUGUCCGCGGACACUUGUUUACAUGAUGAAGAACUGCGAGUACCAGCAGAUCGACCCGCGCGCGCUGUCCGUGUCGCCCGCGUCGGCGCCGCAGAGCCCCGCGGAGACGACGGCGCAGCGGUCGCGGAGGAAGUGGGAAGUGUUCCCCGGGAGGAACCGGUUCUUCUGCGACGGACGGAUCAUCCUGGCCAGCCAGAGCGGCGUCCUUCCCCUGACACUGGGCCUUAUUGUUGUCACCUGUGGCCUUUUCUUUGCAUUCGAUUGCCCGUUCCUGGUGGAGCAUCUGACCGCCUUCAUACCUGUGAUCGCCGCGGUGCUCUUUGUGUUUGUGGUCAUCUCCCUGCUGAGGACCAGCUUCACAGACCCAGGCAUCCUGCCCAGGGCCACGCCGGACGAGGCCGCGGACAUAGAGAAGCAGAUAGAUACCUCAGGAUCCUCCACGUAUCGUCCCCCUCCGCGCACCAAGGAGAUCCUCAUCAACCAGCAGGUGGUGAAGCUCAAAUACUGCUUCACUUGUAAAAUGUUCCGGCCUCCUCGGACGUCCCACUGCAGCCUGUGUGACAACUGUGUGGAGCGAUUUGACCACCACUGCCCCUGGGUGGGGAACUGCGUGGGCAAACGCAACUACCGCUUCUUCUACAGCUUCAUCAUCUCUCUGUCGUUUCUGACGUCUUUCAUAUUUGGCUGUGUCAUCACACACAUCACCCUGCGUUCUCAAGCAGGUAAAAGCCUUGUUCAAGCCGUUCAGGAGAGCCCUGCCAGUGUGGUGGAGUUGGUGAUUUGUUUCUUCUCCAUCUGGUCAAUACUGGGCCUCUCGGGCUUCCAUACCUACUUGGUGGCCUCCAACCUCACGACAAAUGAAGAUAUUAAAGGCUCCUGGUCGAGUAAAAGAGGUGCAGAGGAGUCUGGGAAUCCACACAGUUACAACAGCAUCAUAACCAACUGCUGCGCGACGUUAUGUGGCCCCAUGCCCCCGAGUCUGAUUGACAGGAGAGGCGUCCUGCCUCCGGACGAGGCGAUCUCUGCUGCCUCUGCCUCAGAGAUAGAGCUGCCGCUCUUCACGGCCAAGAAUGACGCGCACAUGUGCACUCAGAGCACAAAGGACGUGCUGGAGAGGAUGGUCCACUCCUCUGACUUCCAUGGCCUGUGCCCCCCCGGCACCCCAAAGACCACACCUCUCGGCCUGGAUGACUCCGGCACGCCGGCACCUUCCGCGGAGCCUUCACCGUCUGCCGGCUGCUCACAGCAGCGUGGCCGCCAGUCCGUGGCCGCUCCUUGCCUGGCGUUAAGCAGGAGCAGCAAGAGGGACUCAAUGCACUCCAUCAACCCAGCGUUCCGCCUGGCGUCUCCCUCGCCCUCGCUGAGCCGCACCAGCUUCAUUCUGGGCGAAGCGCCUGACAUCAGCUUCAUCCCGCUACCCUGAGCAACCGUGGGUGAACCGGAAGUAGUCAUAGUAAACUUAUUCCGCUGCUCUGUGUCACCGGCAACGGUUUUCACCUUGGUAGUCAUGAUGUUGUGUUGCCAUGGUUUCUCAUGAUGUCAUUCUGAGGAGUUGAUUAAGCAGGAGUAUUUUAUGUUCUGUGAGUUCUGUCCUACAAUACGUGUCCUUCAGGAUGUCGGUCGAUCUUAGUAACGCGUGGAAGCACAAUAUAGAGAUAUUUUUUUACUAACACCUUUGUUGUUAAAGACACUCAGAUGUUCUUCUGCUCACCUUCCAAAGAACCUCAAGCCAUCGGCCGCGGCGUUUUAAGUUCCUGUUUUAAUAAUGUUGCAAUCAGGUCUUAACAUCUGGGAUUAUUUACGGUUUUGACUGUGGAUGCAAGAAGUACAGAAGCAAAAGAUUUACUGAACUGGCAUAGUGAGGCACUUCAGGAAGAUCGAGUCAAGAUUUCGCCUUAUGUCAUGUCCGGUCAUUUCUGUCAGUCUACAUCAGCCCAGUGUCAUUGGGUGGAUCCAGUUGAGCUGUUUGUAGAUGAAUGAAUAGUCAGUCUGAAGGGGUGAUGAUACUGUGAACUUUUUGUUUUAUUUUCAUUCUAUGCAUUUUGUUUUUUGUUUUGCGAUCAGUUCUGCAUGUCUUGUACAUCAGAAACUCUUAUGCUAAAUGUGCAGUGUGCAUCACUUUAGGAGACAGUAAGAGAGAUGACACUUACAGCUGAGCGGCGUUCAGAGUUUUUCUCGUUGGUCUGAAAUGUGUAGCAGUCAUACAUUUACUGUGUAAUGUCCACUUUGUUGUUGCUGAAUCUACACAUUUAAAUCAGAAUGGAAUGUGCUGCUGCUCACCAGAGAGUAUUCAUCGCUGAAACACUGUUUCUCAUGUAUGUGAUCUACUAGGACACUUCCUGUUUGUGUGAGGAUCUUUCUUUUUCUUUGCCUCGGGGCACAUUUACUGUAUGUCACUGUACCUGUCUCGAGUGCAUCCGUGGUCACUGCACAGUUUCGACGAACGGACUCUUUCCAGCAGAGUUAAUGUCGUAGGAAAGUUUACUAGGCCUCAGUGGGCAUGUAAGCUCAGUUGUCAUUUUCAUGGCCAUGACCUUUCACUGCUCUGAGGGCAUGAAACUUGACCCUCUGUAAUGGCGGGUACAGUUUCCCCGGGAGGUUUAGGAGGUAGUUUGUGCCACUAGGGGGCAGGAUGGGAAUGAUAAUUGCAGCCUCACUGGAGGACAAUUAAGUGACAUGAGCUAUUAGACAAAAGGCCUUUUUGGAUUGUUUUAUUUAUUAUAUUUUUUUGUAAUCGAGCUUUGAAUCUGUACAUAGGUUGUGAGUUUGUGAUGAACCACUUUGCCAUAGUCAGUGGGUCGCUCAUGUAUCAUUCUGCACCAAGACCCCGUAGUUUGUGUAGAGACAGUUACGAGCAGUGCUUGUAUGAACAAACUCGUUUGCUUUUUGUAGGAUGUGACAGUGGAACUGUAACAUUUGGUCAAUAAAAUGAUACAUUUUGUUGA